CUCCCGCUCCGUCUGCCGCCUCCGGCUGCGCCUGCGGCUGUUCGCGCUGCCGCCGCCUGACGCGCUCGGCCGCUGCCGCCGCGGACACCUGCGCGUCGGUCGCUGCCAGCUCUGCGGCUGCAGGUCCGGAACGGAACUCGUCGUCCCGUUCACAGGCGACAGCAUGGAGAUUGUCCUUUCGCUCCCUGGCGAUGAACUGCUGGAUGACCCGAAGUACAGCGGAUUCGUUAUAGAGGUGCUGCAGGAAGGAAGAAACCGGUGGAAGAGAGCGGAGAAAGAAUGGUACGCCUUGGGAAGCUACGGUCUCUGGAAACCAUACUACAGUCCUGAGGCUGCCACGGGAGCGCUAACCAAAUGGAGCGGUCACAGGGUGCGGUUUGAUGAACGAUGUGGAGCUGAAGACGACUGGCUCCUUUGGGCGUCAAAGUCAGAUUGCGAGGCUCGUCGAUGUACCAGCAUCACUUCCGGCGUCGUCAACAGCAGCGUCAUCGCCUCCCCGGGUUACCCGCGCUACUUCCAGCCAGGCAUCGACAACUGUUACCGAUUUUCACUUAGCAAUGAAUCCUGUGAAAUUGAAUUUACUAUGGAAGACUUCGAUUUGCCUUCGAGUCCCAGCUGCACGGAAGGCUACGUGCAAACAGAAGAGGGAGGUCAGAGAUACUGUGGAACUUCGCUGCUAUCAAAGACAUGGACGUCGACGGCUGCGUCAGUGACGCUGUCUGUGACGAGCAAGACGUUCGCCCCCGCCGGCCAUCGCGGCUUCAGCCUGCGCUACCGCCAGCUGCCGUGCUGUGGGGGCGUAAUCAGCAACAGCACCUUCCAGCUGUCCAGUAGCGUUCUGCCUACUGGGCGCAACUACUCCUGUUCCUGGACCGUGAUGCCCGCCACUCAGGACUCAUGUGAGCUGCAGGUGGACCUUGACGAGUUGCGCCUGCCGUGUGGACAAGCUGAGCUGAGACUGGGCACUGUAAAACUGUGCGGGGACCGCUCCGAGGAGUCCGUGAGACUACAACUGGGAGCCGAAGGUGUGCCUGUGACGUUCUGGCGGAACGCCACGGCGGACGGUGCCGUCUUCAACAUCACUGGUCGACAGGCCGAGGACUGCGACCCAUUCGAACUGGACGUCCCUCUGCAGUGACGAAGUGGUGUGGCAUCUAAUCCGGCUUCGCUUCUGUAGUUGCAUACGUUGUGAAUGAAACUCGUUACAUCAGAUCUGUAAGAGCUAUUGUAAAUUAUUUAUAAUUGGUAAGACUUGUUUGAGCAGAAAACUGACUUCACCUGUGUUGUAUAUCGCAUAGUGGUAAUGAUUCAAAGUGAAAGAAAUCUAAUUUUUGUAAAAAUUAUGAAAGUAAAUACAAAUAAAUGUUAUAACUUUACUCAAUAAA